AAACCCAGCUUCCUCGGUUGUUUUUAGCAUGGGACACCACCACCACCACGGUAAUGCUACCAGCUAGAGACAUACUUCCCUAAAGACAACUGCUUUUAAAAACAUUAACCUAACUCGGAGUAAACACACACCGACAAUGCCAAGGAAAAGGAAAAAUGGGUAUAGCCCAGCGAGAGUACCCGGGUUGUCAAACGAUAACAGUAACAACUACUACCGACUACCGGGAGCUGGUGACGGUGCGCCGCCGCCGAGAAGUGAAUUGAACACCGGGAGUAACUCUCACCACUACCGUAGUACUAAUACGGUCGUUAGAACAAACUCAAUAGACAUCUCCUCUACUUGUCAGGACAAGGACGAGAUAGUGAGGAACAUGCAGGAGAUGUUUUCUCACCUGGACCCAGAAGUUCUGUACAUUGUGUUGGCCGAGUGUGACUUCAAAGUUGAGAAUGCGAUGGAUUCUCUCCUGGAGCUGUCUGUUGCAGCUGAACGUGUUGGCCCCCUCCCUCCCCUCCUCUCUGGGUUUGAGCUCGCCGCAGCUCUCCUCACGCCCCAACACGACCCCUCUAAACCAGACCUUCACCCCCACCCUCCUACAGGGGAGACCGCUGUCCCCCUCUCCCCUCCUCUCCGCAGCGAAAAUGACCGGGACCUGAUCACUGACUUGACAGAAGAGUUUGAUGUUCUGAUCGACCGUGAGCUGGAGACUCUUACCAUACAGCAGGAAGCUGGAGAGAAGAGCCACGGUGAUCUUCACUCCACCUCCUCUUCCUCGUCCGUCUCUUCCCGCUCCUUCCUCGUUCAGCCCCGGGCGCCCAGCAGCAAGCCCUGCCACAGCUGCACCAGUCCAGCCCAAGAGCCUCAGCCCCCAAGAGGGGCCCCCAGGGGACCAGCCAUUCCCCGACAGGGUGUUCUCACCUGGGCAGCCGAGACGGACAGAACUAAACCCAACCUGCCUUUGGACCUGGGGGCCUCCGAUCGCCGCUCUGCAUUCCAGGCGUACAGGAAACUGGACCAGUUCACUGUUUCUCCAGAGGGCGGGCGGACCGUACCACCAGGCGGCAUAGUAACGGGGGCGAGGACGAAGACGAGCGUCUCAGGAGAGGAAGAGCGACUCAACGACUCGUCGUUCUGGAAUGCUCAGGCGCCGGCGUUUCAACCGCAUGUCUACGGAAAUCGGGCAACGGCGCCGUCGUUCAUCGUCCCCGUGGCGAUAAGCCCUUCCAGCUGGCGCACCCGAGCCACGCCCGCCUCACACUGGUUGGCCCAGGGCCCUGUCAGUCAAGCCCCUGCUGGCCCCAGGUCUUGGACAGGGGGUGUGUUUGCGGCCGCUGGCCCCAGAGCACCCCCUCCUCUCUGGGCAACAUGGUAG